AUGUGGAACGUAAUUCUCAAUUAUUAUUUAUGCAAACCAAAUGAAGCUCUAUUUUGUUUUAAUAAAUGUCGUCGUGAUAAACAAUAUGGUCGUCAAGCUGUUUAUGCUAUGGUUAAAAUUGUUUUAAAUCCUGAUAAUGAAAUAAUCUCAAAUGAAGAGGAUUGGAAACGAAAAUUACAAGGUCCUCGAUUUGAUGAAGCCAAAGCUUCUCAAGCAACAGCAUUUAAUUUACUUCAAAGUAUGGGUGAAGCAUCAAAUGAUAUUCGAUAUCGAGUAUUAGAAAAUUGGUGUUUGGGUCAUACAGGUGAAAAACAUAAUCUUGAACAAGCAACAGAAAAUCUUUCACAAAUUCUUAAUGAUCAUAAAGAUAAUGUUGGUGCCUUAUGUGCUAUAAGUGAAUGUUUUAUUGGAUUAAAAAAUGUUCAAAAAGCACGACAAUAUUUAAAAAAAACAACAAAAUUAGUUUGGAAUAUGGAUGAUGCCGAUGAAAUUGAACAAUGUUGGUUAAUGCUUGCUAUGACAUAUGUUCAAGCAACAAAAUAUGAUGAAGCACUUGAAUUAUGUAAAAAAGUUUUAAAUGUUAAUAAGUGUUCAACAAGAGCUUUAGAAAUUUUGGGAAUGAUGAAUGAACAAACUGGUGCACAUAAAGAUGCAGCAGAAAAUUAUGAACAAGCAUGGAAAUAUAGUAGAAAAAAUCAACCAUCAAUAGGUUAUAAAUUAGCAUUCAAUUAUCUCAAAUCAAAACGGCUUACAGAUGCUAUUGAUAUUGCACAUUUUAUUCUUCAACGAUAUCCAGAUAAUACACGUGUUCGAAAAGAUAUUCUUGAAAAAGCACGUCUAAUGCUUAAAUAA